AUGAUCACCAAGGGACUUCUCGCUCUUGGGGCGGCGGUACCUGCACUUGCGGGUUCCCUUGUCCAAAGGCAAAGCUCAUCGCUUGAGGGAUGCCCCGGAUAUACAGCGAGCAAUCUUCAAGAUGAUGGCUCCAGGGUUACCGCAGACCUUAGCCUUGCAGGCACCGCUUGCAAUGUCUACGGCGACGACUUGACUGACCUCAAACUGGAAGUCGAAUAUCAGACUGCCGACCGGCUUCACGUCAAGAUCUUCGAUGCUGCUGAACAGGUCUUCCAAAUCCAAGAGUCCGUCUGGCCGCGUCCUUCCGAUGCUGAAGGUGUCGAUCCAGAAAACUCUGCCUUGGCAUUCACCUGGACAGACAGCCCUUUCUCGUUUGCCAUUACGCGUAGGGAGACCAACGAAACCCUCUUCGACACAUCGGCUGCAUCUCUUGUCUUCGAGACGCAGUACCUUCGUCUCAGGACUGCUCUGCCUCCUUCUCCCAACCUGUAUGGUCUUGGAGAAUCGACUGAUCCGUUCCAUCUGAACACCACCAACUACACUCGCACUCUUUGGAACCGCGACGCCUACGGCACCCCAGAAGGCUCCAACCUUUACGGAGCUCACCCCAUCUACUUUGAUCACCGCGGUGAGAAUGGUACUCACGGUGUAUUCUUGGCCAGCUCCGAGGGAAUGGACAUCAAGAUUGACGACUCCGAGGGCCAGUACCUGGAGUACAACACUCUUGGUGGUGUUCUUGACUUUUACUUCCUUGCCGGUCCUGGACCGAAAGAAGUUGCAACCCAGUACUCUGCUCUCUCUGGUCUUCCCGCCAUGAUGCCAUACUGGGGCUUUGGCUCUCACCAAUGUAAAUACGGUUACCGUGAUGUCUGGCAAGUUGCUGAGGUAGUUGCUAACUACUCUGCGGCUGAUAUUCCUCUUGAGACCAUGUGGACGGAUAUUGACUACAUGGAGCUCCGCCGUCUAUUCACUCUGGAUCCGGAGCGAUACCCGCUCGAUCUUGUUCGCCAGCUCGUUGAUUAUAUUCAUGCCCACCAACAGCAUUACAUCAUGAUGGUCAACUCCGCUGUUUGGAGCGGUGACUACGAUGGCUACAACGAUGGAGCUGCGCUUGAUGUAUUCCAGAAGCGCGAGAACGGCUCUUUCUUCGAGGGUGCUGUUUGGCCAGGUCCAACCGUCUUCCCUGACUGGUUCCACCCCAACACCCAGCAGUACUGGGAUGAGAAGUUCGCGUCGUUUUUCGAUCCCGCAACAGGUGUUGAUAUCGAUGGCUUGUGGAACGACAUGAACGAGCCUGCUAACUUCUGCCCGUACCCUUGCGCCGACCCUGUAGCCUACUCGGAGGAGUCCAAGAACCCGCCUGAGCCUCCGCCAGUCCGCACCUCUGCUGACGGUCGUCAAAUUCCUGGCUUCCCGGCAGGUUUCCAGCCCCAAUCCAACUCUAGCGCGCUGAGAUCCCGUCAAUCAAGUUCCCACCUCAGCAAGCGCUCCAGCUUCAAGCGUCAAGCUUCUAACAACACCGCAGACCUUGCUGCGCAUCCCGGUCUUCCUGGACGUGAUCUGAUCAACCCGGAGUACCAGAUCGCGAACGCUGCUGGGUCGAUCAGCAAUAAGACACUCGAUACCGAUAUCCAGAAUUAUGACGGAACGUAUCACUAUGAUACUCAUAACUUCUGGGGUUCGAUGAUGUCAAUCGCUUCGCACAAGAGUAUGCUUGCGCGCCGCCCUGAGCGCCGUCCAUUGAUCAUUACCCGCUCCACUUUCGUCGGUCUCGGUACGUACCUAGGAAAGUGGCUCGGUGAUAACGUCUCAGAAUGGGCGCAAUAUCGCUUCUCCAUCGCCGGCAUCUUGAACUUCAACUCCAUCUACCAGAUACCCAUGGUCGGACCCGAUAUUUGCGGUUUCGCAGGUAACACCACCGAGACUCUCUGCGCGCGUUGGACAACACUUGGUGCUUUCUACCCCUUCAUGAGGAACCACGCUGGAGACACAUCGAUUGACCAAGAAUACUACCGCUGGCCAUUGACCACGGCGGCGGCCAAGAAUGCUAUUGCAGUACGCUACAGACUGCUUGACUAUUUCUACACUGCCUUCCACCGCCAGACCACCACCGGAGUACCUAGUCUGAACCCAUUGUGGUUCCACUACCCCUCCGACUCCAACACCUUCGCCAUCGAGCACCAAUUCUUCUACGGCGACGCCAUCCUCGUUUCGCCCGUGCUGGAAGAAAACUCUACAUCCGUGUCCAUCUACCUGCCCAACGAAGUCUUCUACGACUACUGGACCGGCGAGCGCAUCCAAGGAAACGGAUCCAUGAUCAACCUCACGGACGUCGGUUUCGAUACGAUCCCUCUGCAUAUCCGCGGUGGAUCUAUUCUGCCUCUCCGCGCCGAAUCCGCAAACACGACGACAGAGCUACGCAAGAAGGACUUCGUCUUGUGGAUUGCACCGAAUGCUACCAACCAGGCUACUGGCUCCUUGUACCUCGACGAUGGCGAUAGCAUCGAGCAGCCGUCCACGUCGAUGAUCACUUUCUCGUACGACAACGGCGUGUUCAGUAUGAGCGGAGACUUUGGAUACGAGACUGAUGUUGUUGUUCAGAACAUUACUGUUCUGGGCAGUGAACAGAGCGUUCAGGGCCCUGUUGCGCUGAAUGGAAGCUUUGAGCAUAACUUUGGUGCUGGAGCGGGAAUGCCCGAGUACCAGGGUAAGGCGCAGAGGAAGGGUUUGGGUGUUGGUGCCGCGUGGGGUGCUGGUAUGGGUUUGGCAAGUGUCUUGUUGAACUUGUAG